AGACAGUGAGCGAGAGAGUGAGAGCGAGUGAACGAGAGAGAGAGAGAGGGAGAGAGAGAAAGGGCGAGGGGAAUUGAAAAUAAACCACGCUGUGGAGUCUGAGGCUAAGCAGACUGUGAGAUUCUCUUCGCAGCGAAUGCUAACUGCUAUAUUCUGUGGCAACGUGUGGGUGCCCUUAUUUUUGAACUCAUUCGUUUGGGCGCUGUUAUUUUUGAAAUUUGAUUCAAAACUUUGUCCACACUUUUACUCAUUGUACUGUAGAAGAGGAUAUUGUGCCCACUCACUGAUGGCCUGAAUGUGAGUGUCAACGUUUGUUUGUCUUCUACAUGUGCCCUGUGAUUAACUGGCGACCAAUCCCGGGUGUAGUCUUUCGCCCAAUGUCAAUUGGGAUCGGUUCCAUCUCCACACAAUCCUGAACAUAUUAAGCAUUAUAGAAAAUGGAUAGAUGGAUAAAGACAUAGAUGGACGAACGAUGGGACGGGUGGAUGGACGGACAAAGGGAUUAUAAACAUUGAAUAUUAGACAUGCAAGUGAAUGAAGUUCACACUCUCCAAAAGUGCGAGAGGAAGAGGGUAAACCCUCGAGUGCUUUUUUGUAUUGCUUUCGAGUCACCAAACACGAGCAAAUAAAUCACCACAAACAACUUCACAAUUAUCACAGCUACAUUCCAAUGUCACGUGACUGCUCAAACCAAAACAUAGAUAAUACCACACAACAUUAAGGCCAUUUGUGAUUCAAUACACACACUGUAUCUCAAAAUUCGGACUUGCAGUAGUUUCCAGUGGCAUACAACAGACGAUUAAUUUAUUUGUAACUUUGUCUGUCUGUGUGCAUACAACAACCAAAAAGUCACAUUCUUUGUAAACCAAAACGGACUGUCACUAUCCCGAUUUAAAGAGAAGUCAAGUCAUGUUUUAAAAUAUUUUCUAUGCACCCCCGAAAGUCUUAAACGCCACAUCCUGAUUAAACUUAAUAUUGCUUUUGUGGAGUGAAGAGGUCACCCCCUUUCUGAAUUUGGUGACGUGGAUUUUACAAGCUGAGCCAUGAUUGGCUGUUUCCGAUGCCGUGAACUGUGAUGUCAUUUUCAGUCAAAAGCAAGUGUGAAAAGGGCCGCCCCCUUAGAUUACUAAAACAGGUGGAUUUUGCCGCUUAAUUCAUAUUCUAUAACACAAUAACAAUCAGAAUGCCGUGUUUGGAUUGGAGCUACGUAAAACAUAAAGGUUUUUUGACUCGAUUUCCCCUGCAAGGAUGCGCUAGCCCUUAGAGCAACCAUUUGUGAACAACAAAUGGAUAUGGAUGCUCAGCAACACAAGUGCAGUGUGUAAAUGUUGUCAUUUUCUCAUCGUAUGUAGAUGUUGCGUUAUGUCGUAAGUAUGCCAAUGAUUCGUUAUUUUGACUAUUUGCUAAAAAAAGUAAAAAGAAAAAAAAUUAUACAUCAAUUCAAAUGACGGUUGAAAUGCGAUAAUAUGGCAGCUGCACGACAGCUCGUGCAUUUCAUAAAUGUAUUUAAUUAGAUUGCGUUUUUCUGUAGUAUGACUAACUGUGUAGAUUUUAAAAGAUGAACGCGUUCCCUGCUGCCUUUGUUGCAUUUAAAGACCAGUUUUAAAAAGGCAUUGCGCAAACUAUCUUUACCCGCAAGCAAUCUUUUUUUGUAAUUAAUAUUCAGAGAAGUAAUUAUUACAGCUGAAUGUUUAUUCAUUUGAGCCUUAAAGUUGCGUGUCCACGUGGUAUUGUCACGGGAUGCGAAAUCUGUCGUCGUUCUUGGAACCAGAUGAAAUGACAUUUCAUUUUGCGAGGGUAUGAAUUCACAUUUUGUGUGAGCGAAGUUGAGCUAUACGGUGGAGACUUGGAGAUAUACCAUACACACUCAUAGAUUGAGUUCAGAAAUACGCGCUCCUAACCGAGGGUCAACAAAAAUAUAUCGAUAAUUUAAUGGGGUAAAUAAUCACUAUAGCGCGAUCCUGUAAGCGUCAAUCUGGAGCAUAGCUCCAAGAUCUUCGUGUAGUGAUAUAUUAAGGAUACAGAAGAAAGGAAGCCAGACGAUGACGAAAAACCAUGAUAGAUGAAUAAUUAACGGUUUCGUAAUUUGUGUUGCUUUGGGGUUAUCUGUGUUGGGAGGUCCGAUGCGCGAUACAUACUGAAAAAGAAAGACAUUUGAAGCCAUUGUUUAUCAACCAGCAGCGGUACAAGCAGACAGGCAGGCAGGCAGGCUGGUAGUGGAGUGGAGGGGAUCGGGGGAGGUGGAAGGGGGGGGGGGGGUCUGGAGCAGGCAGCAGGCGAGCUCCCGGUAAGAUCGUUCAGCUUGUGAGCUAGCUAUAGCCUGUCGGGAGGCUAUCAGACCCCGUCCGCAUAUUCCACCUGUAUACCGACCCCCUACCUUCACGGAAGUCUUGAAUUUGUCCACCUCUCUCAUCCGCUGACCGUUCAUGUCACACGGCGUCCGCCUUGCCGCCGUCCGCGGCCGCUGGCGCCUGGAGGUGGUGGUGGUGCUGUGGCGGCGGUGGUGGUGGCUGCAAACAGACGCCCGCUAGGCGAGAAAACCUCGCGGCAGCUUGCGCAGAAAAUACGUGAGGACUGGGAAACGCCAGGAUUCUUCCUUCAUUUCAUUAUUUUAAAAUGAUUUAUGAGAUGUCCCAGUGACGACUCACCUGCGAUGCGAUCUUGCUGGGUCCUGUCGAGAUUGUACCGGGACCGCCGGUGCUAAUAAAGGUCAGAUUGCAGGGGGCCAUUUGAGAGACACCGUCACGUGACCCCUGGUGCCAAAUGGUCUUCCGGCAGUGGUUCUCAACAAGGGCCGGAGCUAAAGAAGACAUUGCCGCCUUUCCCAGACAUGCAGAAGACAACAUACUACGACAACUCAACUCUUUUUGGUGGCUACGCAUCUUAUCAGGUGCAGGGGGCAGCAACUGCACCUGCCAACGGCUUUGGGGGCUAUGAAGUCCCGGGGUCUCAUCAUCAGCCAAUCUUCCCGUCGGCAACCCAUCUGGAUGUUGACUCUUACCACCGAUCUGCCUGCUCUUUGCAGACACUGGGUGGGAGCGGUGGGCACCAGCAGCAGCAACAGCUCGCCAAAAACAAGGAGCUGAAUGGCAGCUGCAUGAGGCCCACCCUCCCUCCUGAGCAGCUCACUGGCUCCCAAGUCUCCCCACCUUUGGCCCCCAAUCCAAGCGAUGACAGUACCGUCGCUCAGCAGCUAGGGGGCAGUGCUGGUGCCUCAUCAGUCCCCAAAUCAGGCCCCAGCAAGUCAUCAAAUUCCUCCUCCUCGACGUCAUCCUCCACUUCUUCCUCCUCCUCUUCGAUGCCCUCCAACCCAACUUUGGCCAAGCAGAUAUUUCCCUGGAUGAAGGAGUCCCGCCAAGCGACCAAGCAGAAAAACUGUUCACCCAGCAACAACUCGGGCAAUGCAGCAUCAGGUGGAGGUGAGAGUGGUAGCGGCGGUGAGAAGAGUCCUACUGGCGGGUCUUCGGCCUCAUCCAAGCGAGCACGUACAGCCUACACCAGCGGCCAACUCGUCGAACUGGAGAAGGAGUUUCAUUUCAAUCGGUACCUGUGCCGUCCACGGCGUGUGGAGAUGGCCAAUCUGCUCAACCUUUCUGAGCGCCAGAUCAAGAUUUGGUUCCAGAACCGACGCAUGAAGUACAAAAAGGACCAGAAGUCCAAGGGAUUAAGUUCCAGCUCAGGAGGGCCUUCACCAACGAGCUCACCGCCUCUGCCCAUGCAAUCCUCUGCUAGUUAUCUCAACUCAAUGCACCCAUUAGUUGGGGGUGGUGGGGGCGGAGGGUCAGGCUACGACGCCCCAUCUCCCCCAUCCUUUGGGAAACCUCACCAAGGGGUUUCGUACUCCAUGUCAACUGCCUAUUCCAAUCUCCCAAUGAAGGGCUGCCCUCCACAACAGAAGUAUAGUCACCAAGAUCAAGACUACGGUGAGCCGCAUCCUCACCAUGGCCUCGUACAGGCCAACAGUACCAGCUUUGGAACUCCCGCCAACAUGCAGGCCAGUCCAGUGUAUGUGGGGGGUGGCAGCUAUGUGGAAGCCAUGCCUGGCUCUGGGCCCUCCAUGUAUGGCCUCAAUCACCUUGGCCCCACACCAUCCCAUCACCAAACCAUUGACUACAAUGGUGCAGGCCCCAUGUCAGCCACUAACCAGCAUCAUGUGAGCGGAGGGGUACCCCCGGGUCCCUGCGACCCGCCCACUCAUGCAACGUACACCGAGCUCUCGGCGCACCACACCUCGACUCAGGGCAGAAUUCAAGAAGCACCCAAGCUCACUCACCUGUAGCAACGGGAAGAAAAAUGAAGGAAGACCACACAGAACAAGUAAUGUUACUCAAUUAACAAGCUGAACUAACACUUGGGGACUCACCUGCAGGAAAAGGAAAGGCAUUAGAGACAGAAAGGAGACAGAGAGGAGCAAUUCAGUGGUUUAUGCUUUACAGCCCCAAACAGGAGUAAUCAAUGUUUUGGCCCUAUAUUGAUGUCAUUGGUGUUAGCAAUAUGCCAUUGUAUUUACCUGUAGAAAAGCACUUAAUUUGGAUUUGUAUCUAUUCAUUUCAAACAGAAAACUCCUUCUGUAGCGCUCGUCUCUACAAGUAUGCACUAAAUAAGGAGCGGGCUGUACAAGGAAACAGUGGGCGGCACGUCUUUCUGUGAUGUUUUCUUUGGGUGCUAUGGCCUCCUCCCACAUUCUAAAAAAAAAAUUUUAAAUAAAAACCCUUGAGGCCAAUUGAACACUCUAAAUCAGUUGUCCCCAACCAUUUUUUGGCAGACCAGCAAAGCUUGAACAAAAUAUAAUCAUGCUGUGGACUGAUAAAAAAUGGAGCCCUCGGGAAUAAUGAAUCUGCCUUAAAAUGAAAGCAUUCUCGUUUUUAAGUUAUGAUCCUUCAUUUGGUAUCAGCGACGUGGCUAGUGAGUAGCAGCGCAACUGCCAAUGCGACUUGGACAGGCUGGGCAAACUCCACUUGUGUUUUCAUGAUUUCCACAUCACCACAUGGGUGGUACAAAUGAUUCAACAUUAAUUGUUGUGUUGCCUGUUUUAGAUGGCACAUCAUGCAUAACGGUUGCUUUGGAGCUACUACUACACUAGCCAUGAAAUUUCUCUUGUCAAAUAUCUUCAUCUUCAGAAGAUAAACCAAGUCUUGGAUGUCCGUCAGAUGCGCGUUUAGCUACACGCUCUGUCAUUGUUUAUGUCUUAUUCUUACUUUCUGUUAACUUUUUCAAUUGGCAAACCAAAGUAGAGAAACAAAAGGUCAACUUUGAUUGGCUGCUGUCAUGAACAUUUCUAUAUAUCCAAUGAAAAAAAAGGGUGUGUGGAAUUGUUUCUUUGUGUGGUCUGGUUCCACAUACUGGUCUGCGGACCACUGAUUGGGGACCACUGAUCUAAAUUGAUUUUUCGUGUUAAUUGUUUGUCUAUUUGAUGACUGGUGACUGGUCUAGAAUGUCACUUCGCCUCUCGCCCAAACUCAGCAAGGAUCAGCUCUAGUUAGCACUGAUCCUGUUGGAGACAAGUGGUAUAGGAAAUGGAUGGAUGAAGUUAGUAUAGUAUUAUCCUGCCAAACUCAUGAGUGCAGUCGUGACAACCUAAAAAAGAGCCAUUUAUUUGUCUUUAGCGCUUUCAGGGACAGUGGUUACUACAGUGGACAGUUUACCAUGCUAUCAAGUUACAGGUUAUUAUUAUUAUUGGUGCAUGAAAGGGUUAAUUAGAUUCAUAGAAGGGCGACAUGGCGAUCGACUGGUUAGCACGUCAGCCUCACAGUGCAGAGGCGCAGGAUUCAAUUCCGGCUCUACCCUUCCUGUGUGGAGUUUGCAUGUUCUCGCCGUGCCUGUGUGGGUUUUGUGCGGGUACGACGGUUUCCUCCCACAUUCCAAAAACAUGCAUGGCAGUUUAAUGGAACACUCUAAAUUGUACCUCGGUGUGAGUUUGAGCACGAAUGGUUUUUCGUCUAUGUGUGACCUGCGAUUGGCUGGCAACCAGUUCCGGGUGUAACCCGCUUACUGCCAGAAGAAAACUCGGAUAGGCUCCAGCACGCCCGCGACCCUUCAUAAGGGGAAGCGGUUUAGAAAAUGGGUGCAUGGAUGUUUCAUAGAAAGCCUUUAUUAAACGUUUUCAAAUUCAUCUAUCUCAAAAUCAUCGAUCACUUGAGCAAAUGGUAUACUCAUUAAUAUUCUAUUGAAUGACACUGAUUGAGACUUCAUUUAAAUACUAGAUACCUCACCAGCCCCGUAUACAAAGAGGUCUUCCAGAUGAAAUAGUGGAGCGUUUAAUGGGAAGUUACUGAGGUGGCUCGAUUAAUGACAGUGAGGUUUGUUCCCCUCCAGGCAACACAUGGUGUAGUCAUCUGAGCCGCGUGUGUCGAGCUCUUAGAGAGAGGAAAGAAUAGCUCGCACUCUUCACUCUUGCCUGUCUAGUAAGUGCAUCAAAACGCUGAGUCGUAAUCCUCUGUCUCUUUUCACCUCCUGUGUGGAUACAGAUUUAAUCACUAACCGAAUUGUAUUUGAUAAUGUCACAACAGCACACACCCUCUGACGAGGGGCAACAAUUUUCUACAAUUCUAUUUAUGCAUCUGAACACAAUUUUGACACCUUCGGUCACUUCUUCUCUCACUCCAACCGUGUUUUUGGAAAGCUCCAAGGCGAUAGAUCCCCGAGAAUAUCAUGCGUACAUACAAAGUCUCGCUAGGUACUUUAGCAUCCCAUCCUUUGUACACACAGCAAUGCUAAGCUAGUUUCCUACGGUUGGUAAAUGUGCAGUCAGGUAACAUCCACUGCUGACGUUGUUCCAAAAUUUGUUGAUAACCUUAUUUUCGCACAUCAUUGAUACAGGGUAUAGCGUUGAGAAUGCUUUUUAUUUAUGCUUAUGCCCAUUUCUCACUCACUUUCACUGAUGGAAGGGUUUACAUAAAUAGGUGGGCAUCAUUCUUUUAUAUUGUUUGUUGUUGUCUCCCCGCCCCCCCACAUAUCUUAACUUUUAAAAUGGAUACAGGGUAUAUAUUUGAACAAAAAUGCUAAUCCCAGAAAUGUGUGCACAUUAAAAAAAAUGGUUUAUUUGUUUGAAGCGUCUGUAAGAAGAGUUUGGGACAAUACACAAAACAUUUUUUUAAAAUAAUGACCUUAGUGUUAAAAUCAUUAAGUGUGUUCGGCCCACUCUACACUCCUUGAUGUUCUGGAAAUAUGCUCAUGUUUUUUUAAAAAGUACAAUUUACACACAUGCUUUUGGCAUCUGGGCAUCAUUGUUGCACUUAGAGUUUACAUUUUUAAGUUUACAGUAAAAAAAUAAUAAUAAUAUUUUCAGGGAGGCUCUCCAAUCAGAGUCUUUCACAGAUGUGCGUCCAAGUGAUUAUUCACAGAAAAUAUUUAUUUGUUAUAACCAGUUGAAAAGAAUUUUCUCUCUCCAUUAUCAUUAUUUAUCCAUCAUGUAUUUAUGUUGAGAAAAAAACUGUAAUUUUCUAGCAUUUACCUGUUAUGAAAGAAAAAACAACAUUGUGUUUCUUCUUUGUCGAUUGUACUGAAGUUACAUUUUUAGUUCUUGUAUUUUGAUAGCGAAUAAGUACUUUUUAAGUUCCUACAGUGACCCUUGUACAUACAUGUCUUGCUAUGUACAAGGAAACUGCAGAAUGGGGUUUGGUAACCCAUCCAUGCGCAUACUGUAGAAUUUUGACAACCUAUUAGCUGGGGGAAGAAGAAAAAGUCUUUUUGGAGAACAAGACUUCUUUAUUUGCCCUUUAGCAACUUUAUAUUUAAGUGUUUAUAGAGUUGUCUGUCCAACAAUUCCUUAAUAAAAUGUUACUUUAU